AUGGCUAGGCAUGUUGAAAGAUUAGCAGACAUCAAGGAUGGAGAAGAGCUUUGGAAGAUUGUUGUUAGGAUUCACCUCAUAUGGAAUGUUGUGUCUAACAACAAGGAACAUUUUGAAAUGAUCUUUGUUGAUAAUCGCAUCGCAUGUGUCGGUGUUCAACAAAAAAUGCCUAUUAGGUCAUACCUAUAUUGUAUCAAAUUUAAGUCCUGUGAAAUUAAUAUAUUUAUAUCAGAUGUCAUUGGAAUGGUGGACAAUAUUGGUUAUGCACAGACUGAUCUGGUGCAAAGAAACAGCAAAGUAAUAUGCAACAACAUGUUAAACUGUACUCUUUGGGAAUCAUAUGCGGACAAGAUCAUCAGGUUUAACAAAGAUAGGGUUGAUGCACCAGUUCCUACAAAUGCAUUGCUUCAGUAUGCCAAAAUGAUGGAAGAAGGAAAGUAUCUUUUGUCCGUGACAAACACCUAUAAUGUGACCCUUUUAUGUGUUGAUGCUGAUUUCCCUCUCAUGAAAGACUUUAUAGAGAAAAUGUCUAAGGAAAGCAGGGUAACUCUAUCUGAUCAACUCGGAUCAAAUUCGCAACUAUCCUCACAGAAUUCUGAAAAUUCUCAGCUUACUCCCGUGCAAAAAUUGUUGUCGAAGGUUGUGGUUUUACCGAUUGCUGAGAUUAUUCAACUUAAGGAUGACCUGGAAAUUACUUCUGAGCACAAACCUGAUGCUGUCGCACCUGCUGGUAAAAGGCAUUUUCCUGGUGCAUCAAGUGAAUCCACUACUUUGGAAGGAUUAUGUGAUGGAGAAAUUUCAUCAAAUAAGCUCAAGAAGAUAAUUAAAUCAUAG